AUGCCUCCACCCGAACUUUCUCCUCCUCGACUGGAGACAGGCGAGACUAGCGACUCAAAAGACAGCGGGCAAUACGAAAAAGGGUUAUCCGAAGAGAGCAACAUUGUUGACUGGGAUGGCCCCGACGACCCGAUGAAUCCGCUCAACUGGUCGGCGGCAAAGAAGCAUACGCACGUGGCUAUCGUGAGCUUGUUCACCCUCUCAGCGUUGGUGUUUUCUUCCUCUCCAAUUGCUCAUAACAAUGCGGAUAUGCACAUAAUAACCUGUGUCAUUAGAAAUCUGGCCGCAACCAUGUUUGCCCCUGGCGUACAAGAGUUGGUUUCCGAGUUCUCCAUCACCAAUUCCACGGUCGCAGCCAUGACCGUUAGCCUUUACGUUCUAGGAUUCGCUUUGGGUCCUAUAAUUCUUGCGCCUUUAUCUGAGCUGUAUGGUCGGCUGAUCAUUUACCUCGUGUGCAACGUCGUCUACCUUGCCUUUACUCUGGGUUGCGCUUUUGCUACAAACACCGCCAUGUUUCUCGUCUUCCGGUUUAUCUGCGGCUGCGCUGCUGCUGGUCCCAUGAGCAUUGGAGGCGGUACAAUUGCAGAUGUCACUCCUCAGGACAAGCGAGGCAAAGCCAUGGCGUUGUUUGCGAUGGGACCAAUCUUGGGGCCUGUUGUUGGGCCCAUCAUCGGUGGCUUCGUGUCCGAGGAUAUUGGCUGGCGCUGGACCUUUCGGAUCCUCUCGAUUCUGUCCGGAGUCAUCGCUAUAGGAACUGCCAUAUUCAUGAGAGAAACCAACGCCGCGGUUUUAUUGAAGUGGAAGGCAACCCGCUUGCGCAAGACUACCGGCAACGAGAAAUUAACACGGAAACUAUCGAAGGAGGAGACACCACGCGAGAUGCUUCUCCGUGCUAUUGUUCGACCCUUGAAGCUUUUGGCCUUCUCUCCCAUUGUUCUAUUCAUAUCGCUUUAUACGGGUAUACUAUUCGGCCUCAUCUUUUUACUUUUUGCUACCUUUCCAACUGUCUUCCAGGGGGUCUACCAUUUUAGUCCGUCAACUUCUGGGCUCGCCUAUCUUGGUCUUGGCAUCGGCAUGAUGGUGGGCUUGGCCGUGUUCUCCAUUCUUAGUGAUAGGCUCCUUCGACCGAAAGAAGGCGCUGAAGCGAGGCCAGAAGAUCGCCUUAUCUUGAUGAAAUGGAUUGGGCCCAUCAGCCCCCUAGGCCUAUUCAUGUACGGCUGGUGCGCCAAGUACGAAACUCACUGGAUUUUGCCAAUUUUGGGAACCUUCAUCAUCGGAUUCGGCUCUCUAUUCGUGGUCAUCCCCGGCCAGGUAUAUCUUGUCGACGCAUUCGGGGCGGAGGCUGCCGCAUCGGCUCUUGCAGCCAACUUGCUCGUCCGAUCCCCCUUCGGAGCGUUCCUGGACCUUAGCGCCGACCCGUUGUAUGAAAGGCUGGGAUUGGGUUGGGGAAACAGCGUCUUGGGCUUCAUUUGCCUCGCAUUCACGCCCGUCCCAUGGCUGUUUUAUCGCUAUGGUGAGAAUUUGAGGACACGGUUUGCAGGUGAGCUGUAG